AUGGUCGUACCAGAACCUGGAUUCGAAAAGGCGUCAUUUGAUAACCUUCCUAAAGUUGACGCCGAAAUGGUUAACGACUUUUUUCUCGAUUUUUUUAGUGCAGAAGCUAAAAAUGCAAAAACAACAAGGGCACAAAAGGCAUCGUUUGGUGACAAUGCAGUAGGUUAUGUACAAGUGAAGAAAGAAAACCAUUUAUGUAUUAUAUUGGCAAUAAUAACUCCCGAACAUAAGGUUCGACAAAAAGAGUAUUCUAUUGAAGCCGUUGUAGAUAUGACAGAAGAAAAGUCUGUCAUGACAGUUUUGUGCAGAGAAGCUGAAAAAUAUACAAGAGCUCAAAGUAAAUCGACUGAAUGGUACGAACUGCGUUUUGCUCGAAUUACAGCUUCUAAAAUUUACGAGGCAUCAAGAUGCAAAACUAAAGAAGGUUCGUUAGUGGAAGCGAUUUUGGGUGGAGCAAAACAUAUAGAAACGGAUGCAAUUAAAAGAGGCUUAUUGUUGGAAAGUGAGGUUAUAUUCCAGAUGGAAAAACAAAGAAACAUUAAAAUAAAUAGCAGAGGUUUUGUAUUAAAUGGGGACUAUCCUUUUUUAGGAGCUUCCCCAGAUGGAAUAAGCAGUGAUUAUUAUAUAGAGGUUAAAUGUUAA